CCAUUAAAGAACUUUUCACAAUCAAUGAUUGUGUUAUGUUCUAAAAAAUUAACAGACCCAACAGCACAAUCAUGGCUUCCAAUAAGAUUCUCUUCUCCAUUAUCCUAAUUAUCUUCCUCUUUCUUGCAACUACGGAAUCACAAGGUGACCCUUUUUAUCUAUACCAAGAUUGCUCAAGCUUAAAAACCAAUCCCAACACCUCCUUCCAAUUAGACCUAAAAUCACUCCUUUCUACCUUACCAUCUAGAGCAAUCGGUGACACCCAAUUCUUCAACACAACAUUCACUGGCAAAACUCCCUCUGACUCAAUCUAUGCUAUGUUCAUGUGCAGGGGUGACAUCUCUUCCUCCUCUAAUCUCUGUCAACAGUGUGUUCUAAGCGCAACACACAGACUAUCCUCGGAAUGCUCCUUGUCCAAACAAGCUGUGAUUUGGUUUGAAGAAUGCAUGGUUAGGUAUUCCACUACUUAUUUCUUCUCAUCCGUGUCCACAACACCAAAAUUCCCAAUGUGGAACACAGCCAAUGUCUCAAACCCGAAAAGCUUCAUGAGUUUAUUGUUUAUGACCAUGAAUGAAACUGCAGAUGAAGCAGCACUUCAUCCUAUAGGCCACAAGAACUAUGCAACAAAGGAAGUAUCAAUAUCUGAAUUUCAGACCCUUUACUUUCUAGCUCAAUGCACACCAGACCUGUCACCCCACGAUUGCAGAACAUGUCUAGGUGUAAUCAUGGAGGACAUCAGAGGGUGCUGUGGCGGAAGUUUAGGAGGGAGAGUUCUAUGUUCAAGUUGUAAUAUUAGAUAUGAAUUGUACCCUUUUUAUCACACUUCACCAACAUCUACAUCACCAGAGCUAGUUCCUGCAACAAAAACUUCCGAUGCAGAUUCAAGAUUUUCAGAUAAUCCUGUUUAUCUUUCUCACAAUUGUUCAAGUAACAAAACCUUCACUUCAAACAGCACUUUCCAAAUUCACCUCAAGACCCUUUUGUCUUAUUUGUCUUCCAAUGCCACCACUGGCAAGAAAGUGUUCUCUGAGAUUAGUAUUCAAGACACAGUGCAUGGCCUCUUCAUGUGCAGAGGUGAUGUUCCCUCUGUUCUCUGUGGAAAUUGUGUCAUAAACGCAACCAAUCGAAUAUCCUCAGAGUGUUCCUCGUUCCAAGAAGCUAUAAUUUGGUACAGUCACUGUUUGCUACGUUAUUCAUAUCGAAAUUUCUUCUCCAAAGUGAACAAAAGUCCUAUGUUUUCUGAAUUGAAUAUUACCUCAAGACCAAGCAAGGAACAAAACUUCUUCACUAUUAUAUUAGCGAAGACGUUAGAUCAAUUGGCAAUUGAGACUGGGGACAGUGAUGAGAAAUUUGGAACAAAAUCAGCAAAAUUGAAUGACUUACAAACCCUUUAUAGUCUUGCUCAGUGUACGCAGGAUUUGUCAGGUGAUGAUUGCAGGGGUUGCUUAGGAGAUGUGAUUGGAACAGCAAUUCCAUGGUCUCGUUUGGGAAGUGCAGGGGGAAGAGUUCUGUAUCCUAGCUGCAAUCUCAGGUUUGAAUUGCUCGAAUUUUACAUGGAUGGAAACCAAACUCAGCUGCAAAGACCACCUAGUCCUCCUAAAUCAGGAAAAAGAGAUGGUCGGUUGCGAACAAUUAUAUGGAUUGCAGUGCCCGCAAUUGUUCUUGUGCUGGUCUUCUCUUUUGGUUACUAUUUGAUUAAGAGAAAAGCAAGUAAAAGCUAUAACACUAUUCUCGAAGAAAACUUUGGUCAUGAAAGCGCCACUUUAGAGCCAUUGCAAUUUGAUUUGGCUGUAAUUGAAGCAGCAACCAACAACUUUUCAUAUGAGAAUAGGAUUGGCAAAGGUGGAUUUGGAGAAGUUUACAAGGGUAUUCUUCUUGAUGGACUACAAAUAGCUGUUAAGAGAUUGUCUAUAAGUUCAAGGCAAGGAGUAAAUCAGUUCAAGAAUGAAGUGUUAUUGAUAUCCAAGCUUCAACAUAGAAAUCUAGUGGCAUUCAUCGGUUUUUGCCUUGCAGAACAGGAGAAAAUACUUAUUUAUGAAUAUGUGCCAAAUAAGAGCCUCGAUUACAUUUUAUUUGAUUCUCAGCAGCAAAGGUUGUUAAGCUGGUAUGAUCGUUACAAUAUUAUAGGAGGAAUUGCUCAAGGAAUUCUUUAUUUACAUGAAUAUUCUCGACUUAAAGUUAUACAUCGUGAUCUGAAACCUAGUAAUGUUCUCUUAGAUGAAAAUAUGAUUCCAAAAAUUUCAGAUUUUGGUCUAGCUAGAAUUGUCGAAAUAAAUCAAGACCAAGGAAAUACAAAUAUAAUUGCAGGAACGCAUGGUUAUAUGUCUCCUGAAUAUGCAAUGCUAGGACAAUUUUCUGAGAAAUCAGAUGUUUAUAGCUUUGGAGUGAUGGUUUUAGAGAUUAUUACUGGGAAAAAGAAUGUAAGUUCUUAUGAAGCACAUCGUGUUGCUGUUGGACUUUUGAGUUAUGUUUGGAGACACUGGAAGGAUGAGACACCGUUAAGCAUAUUGGAUCCAAAUAUUAAGGAAAAUCAUUCAGAAAAUGAAGUCAUUAAGUGUAUUCAUAUUGGUUUAUUAUGUGUUCAACAAAACCCUGAUGAUAGACCUACAAUGGCAACAGUUGUUUCAUAUCUCAGCUGUCAGUUUAUUGAAUUGCCUACUUUACAAGAACCUGCAUUUUUCUUGCAUGGUAGAAUGGAUCCAACAACAAUUGCAGAGGAAUCAAGUUCCAGCCAAUUUAUCAACAAUUCCAUGCCAUUCUCUACCAAUGAAAUCUCUACAAGUGAAAUUCUUCCUCGAUAGGAUGUUAAUUUUCCUUUUGAAAUCGUUAUGCCAUUGAUAUUUUUAUUGUAUAAUAUAAUAAAAUAUCAUUUGCAACUUUUUACUUGUAAAAGAUAA